AUGAAGAACCUUGCAUCUAUUCUCAGAUCUGCCUCAGCUCAUUCUACUUUAACGUCGUCAAACGGAGUUGUGACUUGUGGUGAGGUGUUUCAUACUCCAGUUGAAGAAAUUAAAAAGGAUUUGGAAAAUCAAGGAAUGACCAAUGUACGCCGUAUCACAAUACGGCGGGAUGGAAAGCUCCUUUACACCAAACAUCUAAUUCUGACAUUUCGUUUGUCGAAAUUACCGGAGUGUAUUAAAGCAGGGUAUAUGCGUUUAGCUACCAGGCCUUAUAUCCCUAAUCCCUUACGGUGUUUCAAGUGCCAACGUUUUGGCCAAUCCGAAGUUUCCUGCCGCGGGACUGUGACUUGCGCCCGUUGUAGGGAAAAUGGUCACGAAAGCUCUGAAUUUACGAGGCAAGAAAAAUGCACCAGCUCCAAUACUUCCUUUUCACGAUCAUGCCCUUCCUGGCAAUUUGAAAGAAAAAUUGUGAAGGAAAAACUGAUCAUCGGAAUAUCACAUACUGAAGCCAAGAAAGCAGUCAGAGCUCGCCUGCCAACAAGUGGAUUGACAUAUGUAGCAGCAACUAAAAGCACUCAAUUCAUUCCUAUAAUCUUAGAUUCUGAUUUUCGGUCGUUUCAAAAUUCUCACACACCUACUGAAAUGUGUCUUAAAUCAGCCGAAGCGUUUAUAAUGUAUCUUCACUCAAUAAAAGUACAGAAAAUUUUGUUUCAAAAUGUGAAAUUGCUCCCACUUCACAAGCCCUAUCUGAAUUCUGAACUUGUCCGGAAUAGGAAAAAAUUAAAAAAUUAA